AUCAAGCGUCGUGUUAAGCUUCCUGCACCUGCCUGUUCGAUGCAAAAUGUCAGCAUUCUCUCCAUUUUACGUAAUAAUGUUGGUAAAGAUUUGUCGACUGUAACGAUGCCCAUUGUACUGAAUGAGCCUAUUAGCUUAUUACAGAAAUUAUGCGAAGAGUUGGAGUACUCGGAUUUACUUGAUACUGCUGCGCAUACUACUGACCCUGUUGAUCGCCUAUGUUACAUUGCUGGGUUUGUUGUUUCUGGUUACUCGUCUACAGUGUAUCGAGCCGCUCGAAAACCUUUCAAUCCAUUGUUGGGCGAGACAUUUGAAUUCAUUCGACCAGAUAAAGGAUUUAAAUUCGUUUCGGAAAAAGUCAGCCAUCAUCCACCUGUUAUGGCAUGCUAUGCCGAAUCAAAAAACUAUCGUAUUUUUCAAGACUCGUUGCUCAAGACUAAAUUUUGGGGAAAAUCAAUGGAGCUGAACAAUACAGGAACAGUGCAUCUCGAGUUUCCAGCUUUAAAUGAAGAAUAUGUGUGGUCCAAGGUCACAACAUCUAUGCGAAAUCUGUUUGCUCCCAGCAGAUAUCUUGAACACCACGGCAUAAUGAAGAUCUCGAGUCUAACAACAGGAUAUUGCUGCGAAUUGACGUUCAAGGAAUCAGGAUACUUUACUAGUGCCAACAAUGAAGUAGUUGGUGCAGUGUUUAAUCCACGUGGACAAAAAGUCAUUUCGCUCUGUGGCAAGUGGGAUCAUUCAUUCAACAAGUUCCUUGACUCGGCACCAGAUAAACUACAAGUUAUUUGGCGUGCUUCGCCUUUUCCUUCUGACCAGGCAGACAACUAUGGAUUUACGCAGUUUGCUGUCGAGUUGAAUGAAAUCACGCCAGAUAUAGUCAAUAUGCUACCAAGCACUGAUGUGCGAUACCGUCCUGACCAGCGCAUGUAUGAAGAGGGUAAAGCGGAACAAGCCGAAGAAGAAAAGCUUCGACUUGAACAAAAACAGCGGGAAACUCGCAAGGCCAUGGAAGCCAGCGGGAAACAAUGGACACCACAAUGGUUUGAGCUUCAGCCAGACGAGCACUCGGAAGGAGGUCGUGCAUGGCGAUAUAAAGGCGGGUACUUUGAGCAACGA